AUCCUAGAGUAAGAAAGAGAAAGAAUGCGAUGUAUGAUGGUUGAAGUCAGUCGGAGUUGAGCAGCAAAUAAAGAAGGUUGUGUUCUGGUAACGAACGAGGUGGUGUGCGUGUGUGUGUACUCUGUACUGGUAGGAUAUCACAUUGGCGAUCCUGCCAUGAUAAAAUUGAAGAAGGAGGGAAAAGUAGAUUUUGCCAAGGACCGAGUGUAAAGGUAUUAUAAGAAAAUUGCCGGAAAACAGAAACCUGAAUCGGGUUCGGCCCAUGAUCGAAAAAAAAAAGUUGUUGAAAUGUUGUGUAGAAAGAGGUUGUAAGCGUUGAGUCGGGUACGGUCCAUGGCCAACGUGGUAAAAGAUAUGAGAGAUGAGCCGGGUUCGGCCCAUGGCCAAUAUGAAGAAGUUUUAUGCAAGAAACGCUGAGUCGGGUAUGGCUCAUGGCCAGCGUAGAAACAAAGUGUGGACACUGAGCUGGGUUCGUCCCAUUGCCAGCGUCAAAAAAAAAAAAAAAAAAAAAAAAAAAAAAAAAAAAAAAAAAGGCAGAAAUUGAAUCGGGUUCGGCCCAUGGUCAGUGCAAUCUAAAAAAAAAAAAAAUGAUAAUAAAAAGCCGGGUUCGGCCCAUGGCGGGAAAAAGAGAGAAUAGAAAAGAACGGGUAAAUUUGCCGUGGUCAACUGGUAGUGUUGCCAGAUCAAAAACAAGAUUUAGUUGAAUUGUUGGUAGGUUUUGUGCACAAAGAAGAGGAAGAGUCUCCUAAAGGUUAGCUGUGUGUGUGUGUGAGCGAGAGAGAGAGAGAGAGAAAUGGGUUUGACGAGUCGAUAAAGGAGUUACGUGUGUAGUGGUGAGUGUGGCGAAACGCGCGCUUGCAGAGCGUUACGGCGAACGGGUUGCCAGUAUCGAUGAUCGUGUAUGAAUAUCUGAUCUCUUUUGUUGUGGGAGAUGGAUUGGUAUAUGUGAAAUGAGAGUUUAUGUUCUUUUCUUUUGGCGCGGAUGAGGUGCAGAAUUUGGUUUGACUAUCAUUCUUUGUUGGUUUAUCGCUGGAAGCGGACGGAAAAAUAUUUGCGCAAAGAAAAGAAAAAGUGUCAUAUUUUGUAAAAUCAAAAUGAGUAAAGGCUGGGCAGUUAGCGAUAUAUCACAAAGUGAUGAACAGCCGGAUGCAAAAGAGCAGGAUGACAUGCAUUUUGCUGCUAGAAAAACUACCAACGAGUGGUUGUCAGGAUCGUGGCCGUUAAGGCAUUUCGAUGAAACAGUGCCAACUAACAAACGCAAGGCGGAAUGGAUACGGUUUCGAGAUCAGUUUAAGAGGAUAGUGGCAUGCAAAGCGCCUGUUGAUUCAAAAACCCGUGUAACGGGUCUAAAGAUUUUUGCAGGAAGCUAUUUGUUGAGCAUCAUCGAAAUGCAGCAGCGAAAUUUGCCGUCCGAAUCGAAGGAUAUAUACAACGAAACUAUCCGCGCACUUGACGAUUAUUUUAGUGAUUUGUGCGACGCAUCAAAAGAGAGGAUGAAGUUCCGUGAGAUGAAGAUGAAAGUGCAUGAACCAUUUGCGGACUGGGUGCUGCGUCUUGAAAAGCAAGCGGUGUUAUGCGAAUUCGUGGGUGCGCAGCGUGAGGAGGAGAUAAUGCAGGCGGUGGUACGGCGAUCGGUUCCAGAAAUAUCUGCUAAGCUUUACGAAAUGGCAAACUUUUUCGGUAACAAUUUAGAACGGGUAAUUAGCCAUGGAAAACAUCUCGAUUUCAUUCGCACGGAAGAGGCGGAGAGGAAGCCGGAAGGAGAAGAAGGGAACUCCGCGCAGAGUCAGGAUGAUCGACGAGCGUUGAUAAGACCGGUGAAUGCUAUCCUUUCGGCGAAAGUUCCGGCUAAUCGAUAUAAGCCUUACGAGACAAAGUGGAGUAAAAUGCGAGAUACUGGAUCUCGAGUACAGAAGAAUGAGGAAAUGCGUGAAGGAAUGCGACUCUGUACGAAGUGCGGACGUGCGCACGGUUGGGGCCAAUGCAAAGCAUUUCGCGCGAAAUGUUUCUCUUGCGGAAGAACCGGCCAUUUUGCCGAAUUUUGCUUUGCAGCAAAAAGGAACCAUAAUACAAUGGGAAUGAAACAAGAAGCCGAGCGUGUCAACCAGCUGAUAACUGGCAAGGCAACGUCAUCUGGGGUGAUAAGUGAUCCGCGUAUCGUGAAUUGUGUUAUAGGAUAGGAGGUUAGAAGUGAUAUGUUCAUUUCGGGCUUAUGUGGGGGUGAAGGAUGCUGGACAGGACAGGCAAUUGGCCAAGUUUUUUGUAGUGAACGGUACAGAGAUUUCACUUCUCGGUUUUCAAACGGCAAGUCAGUUAAAAUUAUUAAGGAUAGGGCUAGGGCUGCUAAAGAAGGAGAUAAAUUGUGCCGAAUUAGUUGGGAGAAAAACGAGCAUCGACAACAGUGAAUCGGGGCCAGGUGCGGCUGAUCAGUGGGUCAAAUUUCCGAAAAUCGGUGGGGAGCCGGUAAAAUUCCGAAUAGACACAUCAGUGAUACCAAAGCGCAUAAUUAGAUAUAACGUCCCGAUUGCGUUCGAGAAAGCAGUUAAUGAAAGACUUGAAGAUAUGGAAAGAAGGCAGAUUAUAGAAAGGGCUGAUAGGAGAGGUAGCACGAUAUCAUUUGUAUCACCAAUGGUGCUAGUUCCGAAGGGUCAGAAGGAUUUCAGAAUGGUUAUAGAUUAUCGGGAGGUGAACAAGGCAAUAGUUCGUGAGCCCUAUCCAAUGCCGUCGCUUGAGAAAGUGUGGGCUGACAUACCUCAUAAUGGAGGAAAAUUAUUUUUUACGAAACUAGACUUAAAGGAUGCAUAUUUUCAUAUAGAACUUCACGAAGAGGUGCGCCAUUUAACCACUUUUAUGACGGCUAACGGUUUGAUGCGAUUCACGAGGUUGCCUUUUGGGUUGUCGUGUGCACCUGAGUUGUUUCAGAGUGUUAUGGAGAAGUUAUUUGCAGAUUGUAAGAAUUUAGUGGUAUACAUGGAUGAUGUUCUAGUUUAUGGGCGA